CCUUCUUUCUUGUCCUUUUCGUCUCUCUCCUGACACCGUAAGCCCACUUCUCUCUCUCUCUCUCCCUCUCUCCCUCUUUCCUCUCUCUCUCUGUCUCUUUCUUUUUUUCGGAUCUCCUCCAGUGCGUCAUGGCAUCCCCUCGGCUGGAGACUUUUUGCUGCCCAAAUCGGGACGCAGCGACUGAGUUUGUGGUCACCUUCCAGCCCGUCCUGUUCGGGGCGUUGAGUCUGGGCAGCGCCGCUCUCAGCCUCUUGUUUGCUGUUUUACAACUUCUACCCAAACGCAAAGGAUACAGGAGACUGGGACAGUAUCCGCUGCCAAGGCCUGCGUCCUCCUCCAGGAUACAGUUCAUCAUCAGUGUAUGUGACAUACUGGGAUGCGCAGGUAUCAUCAUGAGGUCAUCCGUCUGGCUGGGCCUGCCAAACAUCACUGAGCAAAUCUCAGUGGCCAACAGCACUGAUGUGUGGCCGGAGGUCUUCUGUGUCGGCAGUGCGAUGUGGAUCCAGUUGUUUUUCAGCGCCUCUUUCUGGUGGACCUUUUGUUAUGCCGUCGACGUCUUCCUGGUGGUGAAAACAUCUGCAGGAAUCAGCACCAUUAUCCUCUACCACAUGAUCACAUGGGGUCUGGCUGUGCUGUUGUGUGUGGAAGGAGUGGCCAUGCUCUACUACCCAUCCAUCUCAGAUUGCGAGCAAGGCCUCCAGCAUGCCAUCCCUCACUAUGUCACCACGUACGCACCGAUGCUGCUCGUCCUCGUGGCCAAUCCUGUCUUCUUUAACCGGACCGUAUCUGCAGUGACAUCUUUACUGAAAGGACGACAAGGAAUCUACACAGAAAACGAGAGACGGCUGGGCAAUGAGAUCAAAAUACGCUUCUUUAAAAUUAUGCUGGUGUUCUUCAUUUGUUGGGCUCCCAACAUCAUCAACGAGAGCCUCCUCUUCUACCUGGAGAUGCAGACGGACAUCAACGACGGCGGAUUCAGGAAUAUCAAAAACGCAGCCCUCAUCACGUGGUUCAUCAUGGGUAUCCUGAACCCCAUGCAAGCUUUGCUCAACACUCUGGCCUUUCACGGCUGGACGGGCUUCAACGUGGACCUCAGACUGAGGCGGAGGAGGGAGCUGGCCUGGGACUCUGCUUCUACUUCAGCGCCUACUGCAGGAGGAGGCCAUAACCCCAUCAUGGGAACCACCCUGCUCUACCAGAGUCACAUCCAGGAAGCCAAGAAGAACAUGAUGGGCAACGGACAGCGCCAGUCUGAUGACAUCAGCAUCCUCUCAGAAGAUUUUUAAGUGUUUUCUUUUGGAUCAUACCAUUAUACCAUCAGCCACUGAGAGGUUUUUUUUUUUAUCAUUGUGAUUAGAUUAGCUCCAGUGGGAAAGCUCAGAGCACCAUCCUGCAGAAAUACAGCAUGAAAUCACAUUUUUUUGUUACAGAUGAAACAGAGCUGCUAUCAUUCUGCAUGUUUGUUACUCUAGCUUGACUUUUUUUUUUUUAAUGUGCAACUUUAUUACGUGUCAAAUUCUGUUAAAAAGCUGCUAUGGAGCUCUUAUUAUUAUUGAUAUGCAUAAGAUGAUACACAGCGAGCGACGGCCAAGAUGUUAAAUAUGUAGAUCAAUCAGCUAUCGGAAAUAAAUCUUCAUGAAAUUCAGUUUUUGUGCUGGUUUGAAUUGUACCGAGAGGUGUUUCUGAUUUUUAACUCGGCCUCAUUGAUAGAAAAGUUCAGAAACAUCCCUCGGUUCAACGUCCACAGCAGGAUUUACUGCAGGACUAACUUUAGAUGUGGCUAUGUGAGUGUAGCCUUUACCAGAGAAUAUCAAUAUUUAUACUUUUCUCGUGAUGAUAUGAUGGGAUUUUACACACCAUUCUGACAUGUCGCAGUAGGAAAAGGAUACAUGUAAACAGUCCAUUUAAUUACAUAAGGUGAGACAUUUGAAUACAGCAGAGCCUCGGUAAUGUUAUUAGUGACACCUUUCCCUGCUGUGACAAGUCCCAACGUCUGACUGAAGAUUCUAUUAAAUGUAUUUUGGGAUGAUUUUGUAAAGAGUUUUAUACCUUUCUAGUUGUGUUUGUGCACCGUGUGGAUCAUGUACAAAGGCUGUUCAAAUGUCUUUCCAAAUAAAAGUUAAUCUUUUUAAAGGUUUGAUGCUUUUUAUUCAUUCAUGGAACCUUCAGGCAACUUUUUCAGGGCGAAUGGAGGUAAAGAUAAAUUUUAAAAAAGUCAUUUCAGAAGUGAAAUACGUUUUAAAAUAUCCACGUUAAAAAGGACUAGUAGUAAAAAUUCCCAAAAUACAUUUAAUAUGAAGGGAUUUCUGAAUAUCUCACUGGAUAAGCUGCGAGCGUUCGUGUGCAGUAAUC